AUGCCUAAACUGAAAAUAAAAUUAAGCAACAAGGACGACGAAAAGCCAAAGAUCAAGCUCAGGACAUCUUCCGGAACAGAUGAGUCGCUUCCCACGCUCAAGUUGAGCACGACGAAAAAAGUGCCCACAAUUAGGGUCAAGCCUACUAGAAUGCCCGGUGACGGGUAUGACUCGGAAGACCCCGACAGAGAAGACGACCCAUUGAUCGAAGAGGGUAUCAUUUUGAGAAUGAUACCAGAUGAGUCACUGGAUUAUCUGCGCAGAUGUGUAGAGGACGGAGAUAUGAGUGGGAUCACGAUCAAGUGGAAGGACAAGAGACGGGCAAUUUUGCGAAUAAAUGGAAUGUUGUACGGAGGCAAGCUUGUCGAGUUGCCGACUGUGGUGGAAGUCCACAAGUCUGUGGACAAAAAGAACAUAUUCAAGACGAUCGACGUGUGCCAGAUGCUGUUGAUCGUGAAGCGCCUCGAGUCCGAAAAAGAUAUCAAGGACAUAGACGUUGACAUGGAGCAUGGCGAGUCGUAUCCGGACGGAAUCACGCCGCCGCUGGAGAACGCAAAGCAGCGUUUUAAGAGGCGUUACCAACAGAAAAUCAUGCAGAGCAUCGAAGACAGGGUCCAGCAACUUCUGGACCUGGACGACGAAGCCGAGUCUAGCACAUACACAUUUAUUGAUCCAUCGGAAGAGGCCAGCAGCUACUCCACUCCCGAGCCUGUUGCGUUCAAGAAAAAGAAACAGAAAGAACCAGAAGCCAAGAGAGAGAACGAGCUGGACAGACUGAUGGAGGCGGACGACAACGAGGACGAGCUGGACUUGGAGCUGGAGGCCGCAUUCGAGGACGCACCACGGGACGAGGAGGAGGAAGAGAUUAUUGAGGGUGCUUCUGCCGAUGAGGAACGCGAGUCUUCCGACGAUGACGAUGAUGAUGAUGACGAUGACGAAGAAGAGGAUGAGGAAGAACACACACGUCCUGUUGGAGAAGAGAUGAACGAGACACAGCAACACAACGCCAUUUUGCGUGAGGAGAUCAGUGAACUGGAAAGCACGAUCGAGCAGAAGUCCCGCGACCUGGCGAAGGCCAAUAACCCUAUCAUGCGGAACCGUAUUACUGACGUUAUUGGAAGACUCAAGCAGGAACUUGAGUUGAAACGCAUGCAAAUACAGGAGCAAGAGAGUACGAACGAUCAAAAUAAGGACGAAGACGACGAAGACGAUCAAGAAGAUCAGGAGGAUAACGAGGAAGCAGGCGAGAACGAGGAGGCGGAAGAUAACGAUGACGACCUAGCAGAUUUAUUCUGA